CAGUAAUUUAGUGGGCCAAGAGAGAGAGAGAGCGCGCCCGUGAAGAAGCCCAGUGUCACAAGACCCAACUAGCCAGCUCUAAACCUAAACCCUCUCUCUCCCAUUCUUUCACCAGUCAUUUUCACUUCAUAUAAGAGCCGCCCUUCAUCUGCUUCCUCAGACGAUUAGGGUUUUCCAGCUGCGCACCAAUGGGGAAAGGAACAGGGAGUUUUGGUAAGAGGAGGAACAAGACCCACACCCUCUGUGUGAGGUGUGGCCGCCGCAGCUUUCAUCUCCAGAAGAGCCGUUGCUCCGCUUGUGCUUUCCCCGCUGCCCGCAAGAGGACAUAUAACUGGAGUGUGAAGGCGAUCCGCAGGAAGACAACUGGGACAGGUCGUAUGAGGUACCUCCGCAACGUGCCUCGCAGAUUCAAGAGUGGUUUCAGAGAAGGGACUGAAGCAGCUCCAAGGAAGAAGGUGGCGGCAGCUACUGCUUGAGGCAAUGAAGGCCUUGUACCAGGCGUGAUUUAGGGUACUAAAAUGUGGUUUCAUUCGGUAGUUUUGAAGUGUUGGAACUGAGUUGAUUUUGGGAACCUCAUUUGGAGGCUUUUGCUCCAAUUUGAUAUCUGCUUUAAGAUUUUAUCUUUUAAUCUGUAGUUUAUUCGCGUUUUUCAUACAAAUGGAUCGAACUAUUGCUUUGAAUUCCCAGUAUCCUGAGACUUUGAUAA